AUGAGUGACAAGCUUGAAAGCUGUGAUCUUAAGGUAGCCAGUUCUAGAGAUGAUUUGGAGGUCAAAGGCUCAUUGGCAAACAAACAAGAAAAUCAGGAAUAUUUCAGACAAGGCAUGAUUAUUCUCGAAACAAUGUCUAUUUUCAACCGGCGUACUUACUUAACUCAACAUUCUAGAUGUCAUUCUACUGAGAAGCCUUAUAAUUGUAAGGAGUGUGGAAAGGCUUUUAGACGAGCCUCACACCUGACUCAGCAUCAGAGUAUUCACACUGGUGAGAAACCAUAUGCAUGUAAGCAAUGUGGGAAAGCUUUUAGUCGUGAUUCACAGCUCAUUCUUCAUCAGAGACUUCAUACUGGUGAGAAACCCUAUGCAUGCAAGGAAUGUGGGAAGGCAUUUACUCAGAGUUCACAACUUAUUUUACACCAUAGAAUUCAUACUGGUGAAAAACCAUAUAAAUGUGAAGAAUGUGGGAAAGCUUUUAUCCGUAGUUCACAACUCACUCGGCAUCAAAAAGUACAUACUGGUGAGAAACCUUAUGCAUGUAAAGAAUGUGGGAAGGCUUUUACUCAGAACUCACAACUUAAUCUGCACCAUAGACUUCAUACUGGUGAGAAACUCUAUGAAUGUAAAGAAUGUAGAAAGGUCUUUACUCAGCUCUCACAACUAAUUCUGCAUAAAAGAAUUCACACAGGUGAAAAACCCUACGGAUGUAAAGAGUGUGGGAAAGCUUUCAUUUGUGGUUCACAGCUUUCUCAGCAUCAGAAAAUUCAUAACGGGGAAAAACCAUAUGAAUGUACAGAGUGUGGAAAAGCCUUUAUUCGUGGCUCAUUACUCAUGCAACAUCAAAGAAUUCAUACUGGUGAAAAACCCUAUACAUGUCAAGAUUGUGGGAAGGCAUUUAUCCGUGGCUCACAGCUUACUCAACACCAGAGAAUUCAUACCAAUGAGAAACCCUAUGAAUGUAAGGAAUGCGGAAAAACCUUUAGUCAUGGCUCACAACUCACUCAACACCAGAGAAUUCAUACUGGUGAGAAGCCCUAUCUCUGUAAGGAAUGUGGGAAGGCCUUUAAUCGUGGCUCACUCCUUACUCGGCACCAGAGGGUCCAUACUGGUGAGAAACCGUAUGAAUGUCAAGAAUGUGGAAAGACCUUUAGUCGUGGCUCAGAACUCACACAACAUGAGAGAAUUCAUACAGGUGAGAAACCCUAUGAAUGUAAGGAAUGUGGCAAGUCCUUUAUUCGUGGCUCACAGCUGACGCAACAUCAAAGAAUUCAUACGGGUGAGAAACCUUAUGAAUGUAAAGAAUGUAGAAUGGCCUUUACUCAGAGUUCACAUCUUUCUCAACAUCAGAGACUUCAUACCGGUGAGAGACCCUAUGUGUGUAACGAAUGUGGAAAGGCCUUUGCUCGGGGCUUACUUCUCAUACAACAUCAGAGAAUUCAUACCGGUGAAAAACCAUAUCAGUGUAAAGAAUGUGGGAAGGCUUUUAUUCGUGGGUCACAACUUAACCAGCAUCAACGAAUUCACACAGGAGAAAAGCCCUAUGGAUGCAAGGAAUGUGGAAAGGCUUUUAGUCAUGGCUCUCAGCUUACUUUACAUCAGAGAAUCCAUACAGGUGAAAAGCCUUAUGAAUGCAAAGAAUGUAGAAAAGCCUUUACUCAGAGCUCACAUCUUUCUCGUCAUCAAAGAAUUCAUACCGGUGAGAAACCGUAUCCGUGUAAGGAAUGUGGGAAGGCCUUUACUCGCGGCGCACAAUUAGUUCAACAUCAGAGAGUUCAUAUCAGUGAAAAGUCUUUUGGAUAUAAGGAAAGCGGGAUCGAUUUUAGUCAUGGCUCACAAUUUUUAUAUGGACUAUCUGAUUAAAUAGCCUUCUCUAGUCAUGAAUCUUUAAUCUGGCAAAAUGUGAAU